AUGUUUUCGGAAUCAUCUCAAGUUUCUAAAGCUGAUAUAACCAUACUCACACAACAACUUGACACCUACCCUCAACAAGUAUGGGUUUUCAUCGGCGUGUCUCUCUCCAUAAUUGGCUGCUUCCAGUGGGGCUCACACAUUCACUCCAAAUUCGCCAGGCGCAGACACCAUGAGUCUGACGAAGAAACGGCUCCUAUCCAUAACAUUCAAUACAAAUUCUCACUCCGUCGUAUCCCGCUCGCGAUCAUAAAUUUCUAUCGCGUUGUUGCUUUCCGGUGGACCCUAGAAAUAGGAAAGUCUUAUACCCUCAACAUGGCAGAAGUUCUCGUCACUAUGACAUACAUCGCCCUUCUGUUGACCUACGCCUUCAUUAACACCACCUCAGUCGAAGGCCAGAAGCUUGAUAUCUUCUACUGGAGCAACCGCAUAGCCGUUCUGGCGUCCAGUCAGUUUCCCAUUGUCACGGCUCUUGGCACAAAGAACAAUCUUGUAUCUCUGGUCACAGGCAUCAGCUAUGAUAGGCUCAAUUAUAUUCAUCGAAUGAUGGCUAGGACGUGCUUCAUGCUCCUUUGCAUACAUGGAGUGGGCGAAGUGAUAUAUCCCUCCGCCCAGAAAACUUCGAACAACGAUUGGGUUCAGGCCGGUACUAUUGCCCUGAUUGCCCUCGCUGUUGUAAUCGUAGUAUCACUGCGUCCCGUCCGCAGUAAGGUCUAUGAGCUCUUCUUUUACGUCCACUUUAUUGGCGUCCUGGCAUUUCUGGUGGCAGCAUAUUUCCACGCCAAUGGUAUCUAUGGGUCGUACUGGAUAUGGCCAUCGCUUGUGAUCUGGGCUCUCGAUCGCUUCGUCCGAGUGGUUCGCCUUGCUGUAUUCAAUCACUCCUACUUUGGCUUCAAGUCAGGAUCUGGGACGAUGGAUGCAACGACGGAAAUGCUUUCCGAAGACAUCGUUCGAGUGCGCUUACGUCGACCCCCGCAUUUCCACUGGUCCCCAGGACAAGCGGCAUAUCUAAUCAUGCCUUCGGUCUCGACACUGCCAUUCGAAGCGCACCCCUUUACUAUCGCGAGUUUCGAUUCUAGUCUGCUCUCAACCGCAGAAACCGAGGAUCAAUCGGGAGGCGGUGAAAAUCACGAAACCCAGGUUCUGGGAUCAAGCAAUUCACUCUGGAAAGAGCUAGUAUUUUUGGUCAAUGUACAUGGAGGGUUCACGAAAAAGCUGAAGGAGGUAGCUGCCACAAAGGGCACAGUUAAGGUGUUUGUAGAUGGUCCUUAUGGCCCGUCUGUUGACCUCGGUUCUUACGACACGUCUGUAUUCGUGGCAGGAGGGUCUGGUAUAUCGUAUACCGUUCCAGUCUUGCUGAGCGUUAUCGAGCAGGUACGCAAGGGGAAAAGCUCCUGCAAACGAGUGGUGUUCAUUUGGUCAAUACGCCAGGCUGGGUAUGUUCGAUGGAUCGAAGAAGCGCUCAUCAAGGCUGUUCAGCUUGCCCCGCCUUCCUUGACAGUAUCCAUCCGCAUCUUUAAUACUGGUUCUCCAUCAAUGACACAGUCUAUGGAAGAAGUUUCUGGCCUUCCAAAUAUAACAGAGAAGAUCGUUACUUUCGAACCAACGUCGUCAAUGUUACUGUCGUUACGCGGAGUCAAGAUGGAAAGUGGUCGAUCGGACCUGGAUGCACUGCUCAAAGAAGAGGUUAGCAUGGCCUCGGGGCGUAUGUCUGUGAGCGUUUGCGGAUCUUAUGGUAUAGCACGCGCGGUCCGUCAUGCACUUCGCUUCCCUGUUUCUGGACCUUCCAGUGUUCUUAGUGGAGGACCGAGCGUGACCCUAUAUGUUGAAUCAUUCGGAUACGCAUGAUAUUAUCGUUUUCAGUGGCUGUUUGACAAGUACGGUGGACAAUGGUUACGGCUUAUUUAGAAGUCUGAUCGAUGUUUGUUCUGGAUCUUCUGGUGCGACCAUACUAAGUAUACUUAGAGAUAACAUAUUCACCCCAAGUUACUUAGCACAGAGAGAUAAUUGGUAUCAGUACUGCUUGGCUCGCAUCGAAUUUCGAAAUUUUUGCCAAGAAGCUCAAGCGCUCAGAGAUUGGACCGCAGUCGUUCCUGUGUCAGGCGGGGACCUGAUUUGUAGAUUAGUCAGCGGAUAGCUCUGGCGUUAGUGGCCCAACACGGAAAGAGGCCCCUAUAUUUAGACAAUGAUGUUUUGCAAUUUAAGCACAGCGGC